GUCCACCCUUCCGUUGUCUCACUUUACAACUCGCAUUCUAGUAGUCAAACCAUUCCUAUCGACACGAGCUCAAUGCGCCUAAGUAUCAUCAUUUUGGUGCUAUCAUCGGUCUGUUUCGCACCCCGCACUAGCUCGGCUGCAACUGACCAAGCAACUUCUGCAAGAUUUCUUCGGGGCUACGAGACAGCGGACGUCGAAGAAAGAGCUCCGACGAUAAAGGGAAAGUGGCACUGGGGCCCCUUCUCCAGUGCAACUUGGGAGAAAAUGCUUAAAGACAGCACGUAUCGGACGAACAUGUUCAAGAAGUGGGACAACUACCAAUAUGAGACAAUCAAGGCGAGAAUUGGAGAAGAAAUCAUCCAAGGAAACGAGGAUCUUGCCAAGAUGAUACUGAAUUAUGUUCAAAACCACCGCGUCUACACGUAAGAGGUUGCUGCUGAUGACGAGAAGCUAGUAGAGUGGAAAGCACAUUGAAUGAAUGCAGGUUUGCGCAUUAACCGUUGUGAUGAAGAUCGCAAUUUAAAAGAGGGAUAGAGAUGAACACAUGAUGGAAGGAGGAAUAAACGCGGUUGUGCUCAGCCGGAAAUGCUGAUACAUAGCUGUUUGCGACUUGCGUCUCAGAUUGACCAGUCCAUUCGUAAGUAUUUAUCACCAGUGCACUCCCGGCAGAGUCUUGAAUCUCGUGGCCGUGUCGCUAAACCGUAUUCGCACCAAGACAGGGGUCGAAAUGUGUGAAGUACACUUACAAAACAACAGUAGUACUGCAAGUGAUCCGCGUAAGUUAAUUCUGAAUGUUCACCAUUUAUCUAAAAAGGUGUAGCUGCACGUGAAAUUGUUGAUAGCGGCUCCUUGUAACGAGC